AUGUUGUUCAUCCUUUUGUAUUCAACUAAACCAGAUGUGCAAGCUACACCUACUACUAUUGCGACCACGAUUGCAACAACGUCUACAGUAGUAACGUCUGAUGAAGGAAUACCGACAACCACACCGGAAGAAACAAAGACAACUUCUUCGAUGGAGGAAAUAUUCCCAACUAUGUUUCUGAUAGAUGAAGAUGACAUAUCAUCUACGCCAGAUGAGGAGGGUACAACAUCUGCAGCAACAGAUGGAGAGGAUAUUGCAUCGACUCCUUUCCUAGUUUCAACACCUGCUACAGAGCAGGAAAAGACAUCCGCCGUAUAUCAAGAAGGUACCACCGCUUCCCCAGAGAUGACAACUUCAGCGCCAAGUGUAGAAGGAACAACGGCUAAACCAGAAGGAACUAUGACAAGGUCAACUGUGGAAGGAGAUGGAACAGUUUCUGAACCAGAUCAUCGGAUAACAACCUCUGCUCUGAAUCUACAACAAACAACAACUAGUCCGUUUCAUGGAGGAUCAACUUCUAUCACCAACGAAGAAAGUACCACUAAGGAGGCAGAACAGGAAAUGACCACUCUUUCACCAAUCCAAGAAAGUACAGCAUCCGCCGUGGACCUACAAACGACGACAUCUGCACCUGAACACGAAAGGCCUACCUCUAAACCAGAGGUGGAAGGAACAAAUACAGGUAAAGAGGAAACAACACCUUCACCUGGCCAAGAGGCAAAGACCUCUGAACUGGACCCAGUAGCAAAAGACCCAGAAAAAGAAACUUCCCUUCCUAACAAAGAAGCAACAACCACUUUACCUGAAAAAGGA